AUGACUAUGGUGGAACUUGUACAGGUCAUUUGCUGGCACGUGUUCACGAAGCACAAUUUGAUAGAAGAGUUCAAACUGGAUCAAGUCAAGCUCAUGAAUUUUUUCCGAGCGAUCGAGAGUGGCAUGCAAGACAAUCCCUACCACAAUGCAACGCACGUUGCGGAUGUGGUACAAUCCAUGCACUGUCUGCUGCUAAAGGGAGGAUUGAAUCAGUUUGUGGGGAAAAUGGAGAUACUCGCAGGAUUGUUCUCGGCAUGCAUUCAUGAUUUUGAACACAUCGGUUUCAACAACGACUUUCUGAUCAAGACGCAACAUGACUGGGCGAUCGAUUCCAAUGACAAGUCCCCGAACGAGAAUCAUCAUCUCAUCUCAGCUUUCCGAAUCUUGCGACAAGAUGACUUCAACUUCCUUCAUCGCAUGCCCGAAGCACAACGAAAUCAAUUCCGCAAGAUAGUGAUUGAGCUGGUGCUGGCGACGGAUAUGGGAGAGCACAUGGCCAUCGUGUCAAAGCUGAAGACAAACCUGCUCAAGAGAAUGGAAAAUCCGGACGAUCAGAUCGAGGACGAGCCUCCUGACAGCCUGAGGAUUCUUGUGCUUCAGGGAGCGAUCAAGGUGGCGGACAUCGGGCAUGUGUACGCCGAUCGCGACGUUCACAUCCGAUGGGCAGAAAGACUCGAAGAGGAGAUGUGGCGUCAGGGUGACCUGGAGAAGCACAGGGACUUGAAGGUUUCCUUCCUCAUGGACCGAGAGAAGCCUGGCGUCACCAGAUCCCAGCCCGGCUUCGUUGAUUUCGUCGUCAUGCCGCUGUUUGAGACGUGGGCCGCGUGCUUCCCCAAGUGUCAGGUCCUUGUCAAUCGUGUGCAGGCAAACUGCGACCACUGGAAGGAGAUGGAGAAGCAGUGGAACUUGGCCUCCAAGACGUAGAAGUCGCGGGAUCGAAGCGGCGAGCCUCCAAGUUAGGGGAAGAGGAGGGAGGAGCUUGUGGGAGGUAGAGGGAGAGGAGGGAGGAGCUUGAGGGAGGUAGAGGAAGCAAGAAGACUUCUACCAAUACAACUCUGUUGCCUCC